AUGAGCAAACAGGAUCCGAAGGGGCCACCGCCACCGCCGCUUCCACCGCCCUAUCCUCAUCACAAGCUCUUCAAGAAGUGCAAGAGCGCAACUUUCCAACUGGACGGCGCGACGUACACCAUAGACGAACCGAGGGCGGGACGUCCUUCCGACUUUGACGACAACCUUUUAAAGGCAAUAUUGGAGCAAAAUCCACGUCAAUCAACAAGAGGUAUAGCAGAAAGGUUGGACACAUCACAAUCAACUGUUAACCGCCACCUAGAGAAAUUAGAGAAAGUCAGCAAGUUAGGAGUAUGGGUACCUUACAAUCUCAGUGAACGGAAUAAAAAAGACCGCAUGCAAUCGCCACAAGUCUGCUCUCACGGACAGUGGCUUGAUAAGGAUCAACCAUCCCUACCAGAUCCGAAAGCAAACAUCCAUGGCAAAAAGAUUUUAUUGUCUGUAUGGUGGGAUUGUCAAGGAAUAAUUCACCACGAAUUGUUGAAGUCAAAUUUAACGAUUACUGCAGAUAGAUACGUUCAACAGUUGCAAAGAGUACAAAAGAAACUCAAUGAAAAGCGUCCUGCAUUCGUCAAUCGCAGAAACGUCAUUCUUUUACACGACAAUGUGUGA